AAGGAAAAACAACAGCAAAAAAGCACCCAGUAAUAAAAUACUGUCCGGGCAGACAUAACCACCGCAGAAGAGUGCUGUUGAGAGAGAAACGGGACAAAGAGUAAACAGUAAAACAAAGAUUGCACGGCGGCGGCGCGCUCGGGGGUGACUCGUGGUUGAGGAGCGAUGCUUUCUUUGAGGCUGAAGAUUUGAACGGAUUUCCAGAUAUUUCGUUAGUGAAUAAUGGAAGGCGGGUCCCCUGAUCGAGAGUCAUGGGAAUCUGUGGCAAAAUUAUCCACCGUGUCUUCAUCAGGUGGUAGGGUUCAAGAAAGCAAAGAGUUUCUCCGUAGAUUUUCUGACAGUGAAGUACUCACAACAAACCUAACCCCAUGGUUUAAGGAAAUUACAGAAACUGCAGCACAGCCUUUUGACACGCCAUUUGAGUUGAUAGAUCUUCAACAGUUUGAUUACGCAUUGGAAGGAAUCCCCUUUCAGCAACUGGUUCGGAUGCCCAGUGCUGUGUAUGCCUCAACAUCUAAUGCUGUUGAAGCCACUGCUUACCUUGCUUUAGAGGACUUUCUCCAUGCGAGUGUGAAGGGCUUAUGGGAGGCAUUCUGGGGUCAUGAUGAGCCCUUUCCUUUCUAUGUUUCUUGUGUUCACAACACAAAUUUCAGAUUCUAUCAAGCUGAGAAGGCAAUUUCUAAAAACAAGCUCAAUGGUCUUUGUGCUGCGGCAAUAGUUCUGAAGAACCCUAGGCACCCACUGGGGAAGUGGGAUGAUAUUCUUGAAUUAGCAAUUCUCCGACCCGAUAUGGGUGGCCUUGCCACGUCAGAUAAUAAGCCUUCUCUCUCCAUUAUCAGUGAAGCAUUGUUUUUUGCCAUACGCGUAUUAGUUUCAAGAAACGUAAGUAAAUCCAACAUUCCCCUCAGCCUAAGUUCCGUUUUUGUCCUCCUGGUCGAUUCUCAAUAUGGCGGGGUGAUGAGAAUUGAAGGUGACAUGAGAAAGCUGGAAAUGGGCGUGAAUGACGUUUACAGAUGUGCCACUGAGUGGGUCAAAAACCACGCUAUGGUUUCAAUUUCACCUAUUGAUAGGAUAUGGAACAAGCUUGGAAAUGCCAACUGGGGGGACAUUGGUGCUUUACAGUCACUCUUUGCCACAUUCCAUGCGAUCACACAAUAUGCUGGAACGCCAAAGAACUCUGUUGAAGAUUUAGCGGCUGACCAUAGCUCUCGCCUUCAAUCGAGACAGAUCGAGAGGCACUUAGGCAGCAAUAAUAACAGUGUGGACAGAAACGGUAUACUCCGGCUCCAGCAACAUACUGCUUCGCCUGAAAUUGUAGAAGUAGAAGAAGAAGAACCCGUAAGGUUGGAGCUAAAUAGUAAAAACAAUAAUAAGCCAGUAAUGAUGCUGGAAGUAGGUUCUGUCAUGUUGAUAGAGGAUACAAACUUACAGAAAGGAUACCGGAUCAACGAUAUGUUGAGUGACGGGGAUAUGAUGUAUUAUAUUGCUUCUCCUGUCGAUUGUCCGUUGAAAUCUUUGUUUCUUUACGUUGGGUCCCAUCCUUCUCAUCUGGAACCGGCAUGGGAAGAUAUGAAACUGUGGUAUCAAGUCCAAAGGCAGACUAAAGUGCUGUCUGUUAUGAAACAAAAGGGACUGUCCUGCAAAUAUCUGCCUCAGCUGAGUGCAUCUGGCCGGAUAGUUCAUCCCGGAAAGUGCCGGAGACCUAGUAACUGCGAAUACGUUUGGUGUGGGACCCAUGUUCUCAUAACGAGUCCGGUCGGAAAAACUGUCGCAGAUAUGGUCAGAGGCGGGCAGUUUGGGAUUGACGAGGCGAUCAGGUGUUGCCACGACUGUCUCACCGCCCUCUCGUCGGCCCUGUCUGCUGGAAUCCGGCACGGAGAUAUCCGGCCAGAGAACGUCAUCUACGUGACCUCAGGCAUGAGGAAUCCCCACUUUGUCCUUAUUGGAUGGGGACACGCGAUUCUCGAAGAGAGGGACCGUCCCACAAUGAACCUACACUUCUCUUCCACUUAUGCCCUUCAGGAGGGAAAACUGUGCUCAGCUUCAGAUGCUGAGAGCCUUGUGUACAUGCUCUAUUUCUCUGCUUCCGGCAGCGGAGAUAUGCCGGAGUUGGAUUCGGUUGAGGGGGCAUUGCAAUGGAGGGAAACGGUCUGGUCAAAGAGGCAGAUACAGCAGAGGCUGGGGGAUAUAUCUGCUGUUUUGAAAGCGUUUGCGGAUUACGUUGAUAGUCUGUGUGGGACCCCGUACCCGUUAGACUAUGCAAUAUGGUUAAGAAGGUUGAAGAGACAUAUUUGCGAGGAUGAAGAUCAUGGGAAGGAGAUUGUUUCAUCCAGUUAAUUGUUACAGAGUAUUACUAUAUUAAUGAAAUCAUGGUUAUUUUGUGAUAAUGCCACCUUCUAAAGGCAUAGCCACGCACACAGAGGUUUAGACAGACCUACCGGGAUAAGUCGUGUUGGACGGACUACAUUGAGAGCUGUUUUACAGAGGACUGAAGGUGUUGUGUGCAAUCCAGGUAUUCAGUAGUGAAUUACCACUGGAAUAAUAGCCUUUUUAUUUUAUAUCAUUUUGGGGAGGGGCAGGGCGGUUGAAGAUGUUGUGUUGGAUAGGCUGUAUCUUAUGUCAAAUGUGAUUAUUUGUUAUUCAUUGUAAAGAAUAGGUCAUGUGAGAAUUGAGAUUGUGGUGAAUUGAAGAAUUGGGUGAACCUGAAAGUGGCCAUACCACGCUUGUUACAUGUUUUAAGGAGAAAAGAAGAAUGUCAUUUAGAUUUCAUGCAAACCCUAUUAUGAAUGUUUUAACUUUUGAGCAACCUCUUCGUAUUAGACUCACUAUUUGGACAUUUACGCUCCGUUUGUUUUUAAACAAAUAUAGACUAUGCUACAGAUAUAUGUAUCUGUUGCAAGGUUUUAACCAAGGGUUAACUGAUAUAUGUUACAAUCUCUGCUGAUAUGGAGUCUAAUGAGUAUUAUGAAGUUAUGUCAAACUCUGCUUUAUGAUCACAUUGGCAGUGUAUUUGUUGUUAAAGCUUUACUUUGAU